UUUCAAAUCACACCAAAAUAAUUAACAUUUGGACGAAGAGACGAUCGUGCUGAAAGAUGAUGAACAAUGGUGAGUGAUAAAUAGUGAAAUUAUUGUUCCCGGUAUAAUAAUAAUUCAACAGCUACCUAAAAGCAAUGAUGUCAGAUGGGCUGGCUGGGCAUUGACUCCAUAGCUAGCUAACUUCACGCAUACAAUUUGAGACUAAAAUAUGCCUGUUCAAGUUAUGAUGCAGUCGUCUAGAAACUCCAUGAUGAAAGCCUAAAACCUUUGACGACAAGUAAUUGAUUUAUUAAAAAUACCUAAUCCCCAUUUUAAUACACGCAAUAUUAGCUUCAACCUCCUUCAAAUCAGCUUCUUGGUCAUAAAGCUUGAGAACCCUAAAUUAUUCAUCGAUCCUUGAUUGAUUUUCCUACACCCAAAAACCCAACAGCAUGUCUCUCAGACCAAGAACAACACCUUCCUCAAAGAAAUCAUCCAUACCUGCUGAAAUAUCCACAGGAAGUUCAAGCUCGGCUACUAGCAACGAUAAUUACAUCAAUAAGAAUGAGCCUGAAACUCCAAAAUCCCCAUCAAGACCACCCACUUUCUCUCAAAGGGCAAUCUCGCAAACCCUAACAAGUACAGCAAACCUAGCCAACCUCCUUCCCACAGGCACCCUCUUAGCAUUCCAGAUCCUCACCCCUAUAUUUACCAACAAUGGUGCCUGUGAUUCUGCCACAGCGCCCAUGACUUCUGUCCUCCUUGCUCUCCUCGCUGUUUCUUGUUUUCUUGGCUCCUUCACGGACAGUGUCAAGUCACCAACAGAUGGACAAGUCUACUAUGGUUUCGCAACCCUUAAAGGGAUGUUUCUGUUUGACUGCCCGGAUCCUGUUGGUUCAGGCUUGUCUGAUCUGAGCAAGCUCAAGCUAAGGUUCAUUGAUGUGGUUCAUGCAGUUUUAUCAGUGCUUGUGUUUGUUGCUGUGGCUUUGAGGGAUAAGAACGUUUUGAGUUGCUUUUAUCCUAUGCCUAAACAUGAGACUCAGGAGGUUUUGGAUGUCAUCCCUGUUGGGAUUGGUCUCAUCUGCAGCUUGUUGUUUAUGGCUUUCCCUACCAGAAGGCAUGGGAUCGGCUACCCCGUUACACCAGGCAAAUAAUUGCAGCUCCUUGUGUCAUGUGAUCUCUCUGACUUGUAAUUUUUUUUUUUAUUAUUUUAUUUCUCUGUGGAUUAAAAAAUAGGUUGUUGAACUUUCAUUUCCCCUUGAUGUACCAUGUCUUUACCUGAUUAGAAAAGGGAGGAAUUAAUUCUAAGAAGCAUAUAUAUAUUCCAAGCUA